AUGCGCGUGCAGCUUUCUACCGGAGCGGUAGGUACUGUGAAAGCAGCCCUAAUGGCGGAGAACGUACGGUCGCCUUUCGACUACCGGGAGCCCCCGACCCUCGACAGCGACGGAGAUGGCAGCAAGCCGCCGCCGCCUCGGGGACGGGUAUGCGGGAGGAAGAGGAAGGGUACGCCAGUGAAAGUGUGUGACCGGGCCUACGUCACGGAGGACGAAGAGGAAAGCAUGUCGGACCACAGUUACAGUCCAGGUGAUGGGCAGUAUCCAGAGGGGGCAGAGGAUCGCUUGCCGCCACCUGGGAGCCCGUACUACCUCGCAGACCCCUCACAGCUAUGUGUGCCGGAGUUGGGAGAGGAGGGCGCGAGCGGGGUGAGGGGGCCGGUGCUCUUCCACCCCCCGCCCAACUGCCGGAUCCGAGAAGUGCAUUGUGGGAGCCAAGUGCGACUGGUUGUCAUAGCGAUACGAGACAUAGCCAAAGGCGAGGAGAUCACAGUCGACUACAGCCUAACCGACUGGGGAGACAACACAAUGGAGGAAGAGUCUGGGCCGCUGCCCCUCUCCCUGACCGUCUCAGACUACCUCACCCCGUCCUGGUCACUCUCGCCCUCCUCCUCGCCGCUCUCCCACUCCGAGGCCAGCGACUCAGACCGGGAAGACGAGGAGGAGGAGGAGGAAGAAGAGGAUGAGGACGAGGAUGAAGAAGAGGAAGAGGACCUGGAGGAGCUACGCGGACGCAUGAUGCGCCGACGCAAGAAGCGCAAGUCCGCCGCUACGUCCGCAGCGGCCGCUGCUGCUGCUGCCGCCGCUGCAGCUGCUGCAAGCGCAUCGUCCACCUCCGGUAAAAAGAAACCCGGACGGCCCCCCGCAGCCCACCGAGCAGGCCCUUCACUCUCCUUCUCUCGCUCCGCAUCCACUUCAGCCUCCUCGUCCACAGCCGCGGCCGCCGGAGGGAGCGGCAGCGGCGGUUCGUUCCAGGCCCCCCUGGCGCCGCCCCCCACCACUAACAUCAACAACAACAUAAACAUCAACAUUGGCGGCGGCCACCGCGGCAGCCUCAGUGGCGCCCCCCGUAGACAGCACUGCGCCUACUGCGGCCGCCACUUCCGCUCGCUGGCACGCCACCUGGAGAAGUACCACGCCCAGCAGCCCGAGGUGCGCGCCGCCAUGGAGAUGGCACACAUGCGGGCGCAGGGUGGCACAGGGGGACAGUCGACAUCAAGUGCCGGGGGUCACUCGUCCUCGACAAGCGGAGGAGCUGCUGCUUCGUCCUCCUCGGGGGCUGCGGCUGCAUCUUCGUCAUCGUCGUCUGCCGGGGCUCACCCGUCGUUUGCCGCCCCACAACCCUCGUCCUCGUCUGCCGCUGCGGCUCCGACGUCGCUGUUCUCGCGGGAGAAUGCCCACGCGCAGGGCCCCGGCGCCGUCUCCUUCUCGCUCUCGCUCUCCUCGCCGCAGGGCUCGCGCAAGGGCACCGUGGCCAUGACGCCGCUCAACACGCAGCCCGGCGGAGGGAAGAACGCGGCUGCUGUCCCUGCCGCCGCCUCCGCGUCUGCUGCUGCUGCCGCCGCUGCUGCAGCAGCUGCAGCAGCUGCGGCUAACGCCACAGCAACGCGACCUCCGGCCAAGAGGGGGCGCAAGCCCAAGAAGGAGAAGGAGGAGCAGCUGAAGCAGGAGCAGCUGAAACAAGAGCUGUUGGAGCAGCAAGCCAAAGAGGAGGCGCCCCCCACCCCCGGACGAGAGGAGGAUGAGGAGGAGGUGGUGGAGGAAGAAGAGGAGGAGGAAGAGGAGGAGGAGGGAGACGGAGAGGCGGAGAUGAGUGACGGUCAUGAAGACGAGAGCAUGGAGGAGAAGAACGGAGAGCUGUCCAGGUCCCACCGCACCCACAUGCCGCCGCUGCUGUCGUCGCUGUCGUGUCUGGUGCUGUACCUGCGGCGCCAGCAGCACUCGGCCUUCCUGUCCCUGUCGCGCUCCCCCGGCUCUGCCGAGGCCUGGCGCCUCCUGUGCCACUCCAGCCUGGCGCUGCUCAUCCUCUACAACAGGCACCGCGAGUGCGAGGUGGCCAAGCUCACCAUCCAGGAGUACCGCAACCGCUUCACUCCCCCACCGCCCCCCAUGUGCUCCAGCCCCGGGGGCACCAACACCAGCGCCACCACUAACGGCACCGCUGCCACCAACGGCACCAGUGGAGGAGGAGGCGCAUCGGGGUCCGGGCCAGCAGCGGCCCACCCUCUGGAGGUGUCUCUGUCGCCGUUUGAGAGGCACGUGCUGUGCCACCUGCCGCGUGCGGGCGUGCUGGGCAAGCGGGGCCGCAUGCAGCCGCUCAUCCUGCCACCACACUCCGAGGCCUGUCUGGAGCUGCUGCUCAGCACCUGCAGCCAGGUGGGCGUGGACCCCAGCAGCCCUUACGUCUUCUCGCGGCCCUUCCACUCGCCCGCCACCCCGCUCAGGGGCACAGACUUGCUGAGGGGACUGGCACGCUCCAGCGGCGCCAAGAACCCCACCGCGCUCACCGCUCCACGUGCAAGACGACAGGUGGCCAUCUUGACGCAGCUGCUGCUGCUGGAGGAAGGGGAGAGGAAGCGGCUUGAAGACUUCCUGCAGCGCGAGUACCAUGUGACGCAGAGCUGCGCCCGGAUUGGCCAGGACCCGGGGCUGAUGGGCCGUGUGGGCCGCGUGGUGCUGUACGGGGAGAGGGAUGGCGUGCUGUUCAGGGGCAUGAGUCUCCAGCAGAUCUGCCUCGAACUCGACGUGAUGUCGGGUAACUCUGCGGACUCCUUCUCGGAUGACUCUGACGGGGAGCCUGAGAAGGUCAAGGAGCCUGUGGAGGUGGUGAAGAAGGCAGCAGCAGCAGCAGCAGCAGGAGGAGGAGGAGGGAGAGGCGGCGGCAAGAAGAGGAAAAAGAAGGGGGCUAGCCCCUCCAGCACCGCCUCGCCCGCUGGACACAAGAGGAGGAGCGCCCAGCCCAAAACAGGCAAGCGCGGCGUGCUGAAGCGGCCGUGGUCGGAGGCGGAGCGCGAGGCCGUGGAGACGCACCUGAAGCGGAACAUUAUGGAUCUGCGCGUGCCGGCCAAGGCUGACUGCGAGCGCUGCCUGCAGCUCUGCCCCCUGCUGGUGACCAACCAGCGCGACUGGCGCGCCAUCAAGUUCUACUGCCACAACCGCAUCCAGCUGUUGAAGAAGCAGGGCCGCCGCGAGAGCAAUGGCACGCCCAUCUGCUAGCUCAGCCACCUCAGCGGCUAGCUGACGCUAAUGGCAGUCACACCCACCCGCUGGCUCAGCUGUGUUAGCGGCGAGCUGACGUUAAUGCUAGUCACUCCCAUCUGCUAGCUUAACUUUGUUAGUGGCAAGCUAAAGCUAAUGCUAGUCACUUGCAUUUACUAGAUUAGCGGCUUACUAACGUUGAUGCUAGUCAGCCCACUCGCUAGCUUAGCUCAGCUUGCUGGGGAAUGUGUCUAGCUAAUGCUAGUCAGCUCAGCCAGACAGCUAUACACUCUGUCACCGACAAUACACACUCGAGUUUCUUACACACACUUCUGGACAUGUUUAUAUCCAGUCGUAUAUGCUUACUGACACACAGACAGACUAUGACAUGUUCACUGACACAUCAAAAUUCUUGCAGACACACACACUUCUGGACUUGUGCGCACGUUAUACCUAUACAUACAUACACAGCUACGUACAUACCUUACCUACCUACUCACUCCACACAGCCCAUUCACACCUAUACAUACUCAUGUUGUACACAUACAUUCAGCUACAAAAAGAUUAUAAAUAUAUAUAUAUAUAUAAUAUAUAGAUGUGCAUUCUCUUACACACGACAUACACACAAGACACACUUUUCACAAAUACAAAUGUAUAUGUUGUUUCUAUACCUACAAAAACAUUUGUAUACUUGCGCAAACACACAUGCACACAGACACAGACACACACACUGACAAACGUACAUGCCUACUUACAGUAUAUCAGACCCUAUCCCUCGUUACAGAACCUUGUCUAAAUUAUAGUGUGUUCCAAAGGGGAUGUAUUUUAUGUUAGGAAGCAUGUUAAUAUGACCUCGCCCUUACUACACAUAACGGUAUUUUAGGAGGGGAUGUAUGUGAUGGGUUUUGGGGCGUAUUCAACAGGCAUCUACACACAGACUUUAUACACUCACGCACACACACGCACACACACCAAGUCAUAUCCACACAGAGACUUCUGUUACACCACGCACACACACCUGCCGACGGACAGGAGUGUGUGAGGGGGUCCACAAACUGACGUGUACAGAGACCAUUCCUCUGAGUGUGAGAACGACGACCUCCUUCUUCUUUUUCAAGACGGAGGAGGAAAAGAACGAGAAGAAUAAGAAUAAGGGGAUGAGCGAUUUUUGUUUUGGGAGAACAGACACAGGACGCCAUAACAGAGGUGCGAAUGACAACGGAGGAGACUCGAGCGACAAGUUCUUGAGGAGAGACUGUCUAAUGGUCACAAUCCCCGCCGACACUACUGGGACAUUGAUGGAUGUCUACAAAGCAUAGGGAUGGAUGACCAGAUUAUCUGUUUGUUUGUUCGGUUGGUUGUUUGUUUAUUUUUUACUAUUAUUAUUGAUGUUAUUGGUAUCCUUUUUUAUGACUCAGAAAACAAAAACAGUUCUUUCGUUCUUUUUUUCCCCUUAAAACAGCGUUGACUGUCCUGUGACGUAGUGCCUGUAGGCGAAUGAGCAAACUGAACCGGUUCCCCCUUGGCAACGACUUGUGGACUGUAUCUAGCAGUAUUUUUUAAAACGUUUUGGAUCGUGACUCAAAGCAGAUCCUCCCCUAUCCUAAAACACCUCUCCUUCCCUUUUUAUUGGGCCUUUUCAUUUUCUGUCUGUUCAUGACGGUCUCUUAGAAAGAUACAAGGCACCACAUACUUGAAUUCAUUUCACAUUUCUAUCCUAUCCUACUUUUUUUUUUUCUUAAACGACUGCAGCAGUUGGACUGUCUCGUUUAGUCAUAGUGUACGUACCGUUAAAUAUCUUACUGGCAGAUACAAAAAAACGUAGACCUAGUAGUCGUACAGGUGUCUCUUUCUCUCUGUUGUGCUAUGUUGUACAUACUGUAAAUAUGGACUUAUAAAAAGUACUACGUUUUGAAGACUUUGUUUAAAUAUAUGGCAUCAGACAGUUCUAUCUGGUUUUACACAGUGCUGUUGAAAGACACAUUUGAGACAUUUACAUUCUGGUUUUAUUUGUCUUUUUUUCUGGUUACAGACAGUAAAAACCCACAACUAUGAA